AUGGAAAGCCCUUCUAGUGAGAUUGGGCUAAGGGGAUUACGUACGUUAACAAAUAUUUAUUCUAAAGCCGAAAAUGUGUUCCUUGAACCUGGAGAACUGUUGAUGAUUGCAGCGAAUCAACCCUUUAAUUUUAAAGAGGCGGUAACCUCUAAAGCAUGGAAGGAGGCUAUGCAAACAAAGUUGAAACAACCAAUCCUCCAGUUGAAAAUUUUCAAUUGCUCCAUGUUUGGUUGUUUUUGCAGUAAGAAUUGCAUUACAUGGAUGGGGCCAAAACCUAUAUUGCAUAUAACGGAUCCAACAAUGAUACGGGAGAUGUUGGGAAAAUAUGAAGACUACCAAAAGGCAAAAGGGCCAGAUAUGUUGUUAACGUUGCUAUAG